AUGACGCAAUUAGUCGCAAAGUACGCCAUGAAGAAGGUGUUGGGCAAGGAGAUGGAGAAAUACAAGAAGAAGGACGCCUCAGGGCCCUAUGACCCCUACUACGAAGAGAUCCCGCACCCUAGGAAGCCGGGCAAAACGAAGAAGGUCAAGAAGCAGAUUCCCGCAUACAUCCCAUCCCACGACGCCGAUGUCCUCGCCAAGGCCCGCAAGACGGCCUACAGGCUCGACUACGCUCUGUUCACCUUUGCUGGUAUCCGCUUCGGUUGGUCGUCAGUCAUCGGCCUUGUACCCGCCGUUGGUGAUGCCGCCGAUGCUCUUCUUGCGCUGAACCUGAUUUUGGGCAUGAGGAAGGUCGAAUGUGGUCUCCCCAAUGGCGUUCUCGUGAUGAUGCUUGUCAACCUCGCCAUUGACUUCAUUGUCGGCCUCGUACCCUUCAUUGGUGAUAUCGCAGACGCAGCCGUCAAGUGCAACGGCAAGAAUGUCCGACUUCUCGAGGAACAUCUCGACAAGGUAUACAAGCCGGACGAGCUCCGCGCCAAGGAUGCCCAACUGCCAAGGGAGCGAAGACCGCGCCCUGCUUCCGUCUACGUCGACUUUGAUGAUGAGGAGGAGCGACGCAAUGACUUUGACGACCGCCACGACAACGUUCGCCAGCCGCAACGCGCUUAUGACGGUCGACGGGUCCCGGAUGAGGAGAUGGGUGUUCCACGACAGGACACUCAGCGCCAGUACAAGGACGAGAGGCCAAGUCGGAACGGAACGAAGAGCAGCAGGCGCUGA